GGCGAAAAUCACGUAUCAGCUUUGAAAGAUGGCUCUCUCCUACCUUUCAAAGACGCACUAAAAAUUUCAAAACCAAUGUUCCUGAUAGACUAAACUGCGCUGAUUCCAUUGCACUAUCUAGAAUUGUGACAGGAGUUUAUCUUCAUGGAGAAAAACGCGUCGCAAAAUGGCCGACCAAUUUUAAAAUUGAUCGUUUACACGAACCAAAUGUGAUACAGAUCUCGGACUUUCGCCAUUCGACUCAGAAUAGACCAAAGUAUCAGAAUUCGAUGCUAUUUCAGAUGAGACAGAUUUCGAUGUAAACGUUGUAUCUUUCCGGUGGAAUAAUUCUUAGGGCUUUUCGUGUGAGAUCUAUAACUUUACAAAGAAAGAACUUGUAGAGCUGGGAGAUGUCUCAUUUUAAUCAGAAAUGCGCGGGUUACAAUUAUGCCUCAUUAAGAAAGGUUUUGGCCAUUUUUUCGAGUUUCUGAAAAACCGGGUGUUCAAGAGCCAUGUAGGAAAAUGCUUUAUGCCGUCGUAAUCAACUCGUGGUGCUCUACAAAUUAGGAUAUGUCUCAUUGAAAAGUGAGAGUAACACUUGAGGAUCUUCCCUCGUCAGUUGGAUAUAGAGCAAAGUAUGAUGAAUGUUAUUUUCGUUAUCGCGGGUUCGAUUCCGAUCCGAAUCAGUUUGGUCUUUAUAGUAUCUCUUUUCCCUAUUAUCGAUGAACGUUUCCAUAGAGGAUCUCUCCUCAUUGUUGAUCUCGAAAAUGCAUGUAGUGUUUACCCUCUAAUUAAAUAAUAGAUUUAUUACGUUACAAAAGUUCAUUAAUAUGAAUUUCAGUUUCUAAAAUGCAGUUGAGUAAAUUAAGCGUAAAAUCUCCUCUUCGAACAGACCUGAGAAACGAAAAGCAGAAUGUCGACUGUAAAUUAAAGAAACAAGCAAAGAAAAGACAGACUGGCAUCAGUGAUCAUAAUUUUCUUGUAAUCUCAAUUGUAGAGCUUACAGAAGACAGAAAAAAUGAUCUAAAACGAUUGAUGUAAAUAUGAUCAAAAACUAAAUUAUUUUCAGAAAGUUAAACGCGUCUGUUUUUCUCCAAUAUACGCUUUAUUGUUACUAUUAUUUUAGCUGUCAAUAGUGUAAAUAAUGAUUCAAUGGUUUUAUUGACAAAUACGAGUAUUCAUAUUAAAACAACAGCAUUUUAUUCACUAAGAAUAAAAACUGAUAAAUCAUUUCGUAUAAAUCUUACUGUCAAACGUCAGUCGUCUCAUGGUUAUUUAUUACCAACACAAUAUCCAUUAUUAUUAGUUUAUCGAUUUAAUUCAUUUCUAUUUUUAUUUUUACUCAUUUUUUGGACACUUUCUUGUUAUAUAAAUCGCCAUUCUUUAUCAUUAAUUCAUUUAUGGAUUCUAAUUAUAUUAAUAACAAAUUUAAUUGGACAAUCAGUCGAAUUAUUCAAUUAUGAGUAUCAAAAUCACUAUGGUCUAUCGAUAAUAGAACAAUCGCUAUUUUUAUGGCAUUUAUUUUUAAUAUGUGAUUCAACUCUAUGUCUUAUAUUAAUUAUAUUUUUAGCACAUGGUUAUGGUUUUAUUGCACAAUAUCCAUCAAUAAAAAAUAAAUUCAUAUCUAUUUUUAUUGGUUUAUUCUACUUUACAUCAAUGUUAUUUAAUUUAUUUGCUGGAUAUAAUUUCAUAAAUAUCAAAGAAGAUUGGAUACUAAUUUGUGUUCUAUCAAGUUGUCUGAUAAUGUUUGGAUGGUUAAUAACCGGAAUACAUCGUAUAACAAAAUUAAACAAUCAAAAAUAUAAUUUGUAUUUUAGAAAUGUAUUUUUAUUUACAUUGGUUACUUUUCUUCUAUUUCUCGUAUGGUUAUUUAUUGAUAAUAUGUUAUAUGGUAAUUAUUUAACAAAUCCAAAACAAUAUUGGGUAUGUGCAUUAUUUUAUCAUUUCUAUUCAUCUCUUCAUGUCUUUAUUUUUUGUUUUUCUCGUAGGUGAGUGAGACAUUUGGAUAUUUUAUU